AUGGAGAAGCUGUUGUGGUGUUCUCUGGUCCUGAUCAGCUUCUUUAAUGUUUUUGGCCAGACAGACAUGCAUAAGAAGGCCUUUGUGUUUCCCAAAGAGUCAGAUAAUUCCUACGUAUCCCUGAAAGCACCACUAAAGAAGCCACUCAAAGCCUUCACUGUGUGUCUCCAUAUCUACUCAGAACUGGCCUUGACCCGUAGCUACAGCAUCUUCUCUUAUGCCACCAAGAAACAAGCUAAUGAGAUCCUCAUAUAUUGGUCUAAGGGUAGAGGGUAUCUUUUAACAGUGCAUGGGACUGAAGUAGUAUUCAGGAGUCCUGAAAACCCUCUGGCUCCAACCCACAUCUGUGUGAGCUGGGAGUCCGACUCUGGGAUUGCAGAGCUCUGGAUAGAUGGGAAGCCCAUGGUGAGGAAGAGUCUGGAGAAGGGAACCUCCUUGGGGACAGAAGCAAGCAUCAUCCUGGGGCAGGAUCAGGAUUCAUUUGGUGGGGGAUAUGAUAAAAACCAGUCUUCGGUGGGAGACAUUGGAGAUGUAAACAUGUGGGACUCUGUGCUGUCACCAGAUGAGAUUAGAACUGUACAUUCUGGUGGGACCUUCAGUCCUAAUGUCCUGGACUGGCGGGCACUGAAGUAUGAAGCGCACGGUGAGGUGUUCGUCAAGCAUCAGCUGUGGUCCUGAGCCAUGCCAUGGACCUGGGGGUGCUUCCUGGCAAUUACACUUUGUGGUUCUGGACUUUCCCCACCCCCUGUAUACAC